GAAAAAGGUGGUAAGAAAGAAAGUGAGGAAUCUGGAGAAACUACGCCAAAGGUACCACCCAAAGAAAGCUCUGAAAACAAGGGAAGUUCCGAGGCUGAAAACACAACACCAAGUAGUGCAACGGAAGGAGGCCAAAACCGCGAAAGUGACGAAUCACAAGGGAGCACACCACAAGUGCCAUCCAGGGAGAGCAUAGAGAGCAACGAAAGCUCUGAGUCUGAAAUAACAACACCACAUUCUUCGAAGGAAGAAGGUGGUAGGAAAGAAAGUGAGGAAUCUGGAAAAACUACGCCAAAGGUACCACCAAAAGGAAGCUCUGAAAACAAGGGUAGUUCCGAAAAUGAAAUCACAACACCAAGUAAUUCAACGGAAGAAAGUCAAAACCACGAAAGUGGCGAAUCGCGGGAGAGCACCCCACAAGUGCCAUCCAGGGAGAGCAUCGAGAGCAACGAAAGCUCUGAGUCUGAAAUAACAACACCACAUUCUUCGAAGGAAGAAGGUGGUAGGAAAGAAAGUGAGGAAUCUGGAAAAACUACGCCAAAGGUACCACCAAAAGGAAGCUCUGAAAACAAGGGUAGUUCCGAAAAUGAAAUCACAACACCAAGUAAUUCAACGGAAGAAAGUCAAAACCACGAAAGUGGCGAAUCGCGGGAGAGCACCCCACAAGUGCCAUCCAGGGAGAGCAUCGAGAGCAACGAAAGCUCUGAGUCUGAAAUAACAACUCCGCAUUCUUCGAAGGAAGAAGGUGGUAAGAAAGAAAGUGAGGAAUCUGGAGAAACUACGCCAAAGGUACCACCUAAAGGAAGCUCUGAAAACAAGGGAAGUUCCGAGACUGAAACCACAACACAAAGUAAUGCAACGGAAGAAGGCCAAAACCGCGAAAGUGACGAAUCGCAAGGGAGCACACCACAAGUGCCAUCCAGGGAGAGCAUAGAGAGCAACGAAAGCUCUGAGUCUGAAAUAAAAACACCACAUUCUUCGAAGGAAGAAGGUGGUAAGAAAGAAAGUGAGGAAUCUGGAGAAACUACGCCAAAGGUACCACCCAAAGAAAGCUCUGAAAACAAGGGAAGUUCCGAGGCUGAAAACACAACACCAAGUAAUGCAACGGGAGAAGGCCAAAACCGCGAAAGUGACGAAUCACAAGGGAGCACACCACAAGUGCCAUCCAGGGAGAGCAUAGAGAGCAACGAAAGCUCUGAGUCAGAAAUAACAACUCCGCAUGCUUCGAAGGAAGAAAGUGGUAAUCAAGAAAAUGGGGAAUCUGGAAGAACUACGCCAAAUGUACCACCUAAAGAAAGCUCUGAAAACAAGGGAAGUUCGGAGACUGAAAUCACAACAAGUAUUUCAACGGAAGAAGGCCAAAACCGCGAAAGUGGCGAAUCGCAAGAAAGCAUCCCGCAAAUACCGACUAAAAGACCUUCCGAUAGCAAUGAAAGUAAGGAAUCUCAAGCAAAAUGCACUUCCGAAGGUUAUUUCUCAGAUCCCACAGACUGCAAGAAAUAUUAUAAAUGCGUCAAAGUAGGAUCGCAAUCAUUUAAAAAACAUAUAUUUAUUUGUCCUGAGGGUACUUUAUGGGAUCCGAAUAUAUUAAAGUGUAAUUUUGCCCACUCUGUGAAUCGGUCAUGCAAAAAUGAAGAAAAUGGCAUUUCGAAAGAAUCAAGAGAACCUGAUAAUCAGGGAGAACAAACUACUCCUUAUGGACCCAAUGACGAGAAUGGCAGCGACGAAAGUGCCGAGUCUAAUAUGACAACGCCACAACUACCAUCCAGAGAAAGUUUCGAAAGUAGAGAAGACCCGGAAAUAGAAAUAACUACACCAUCUGACUCAAAACAAAAAAAUAGUUAUGAAAGUAUCGAAUCCGAUAUGACAACCCCGCAAAUAUCAACGAAAGAAAGUGCAGAAAUCAAGGAUAGUUCAGAAAUUAAUGAUACUACUCCUCAUACUUCCAAAGAAGAAAAUUGGAAUAACGAGAGUGGAGGAAAGACUACGCCACAAGUAUCACCGAAAGAAAGUUCUGAAAACAAGGAGACUGAGAAUACCACACCGAAUUCAUCUAAUGAAGAAAAUCAGAGUCACGAAAGUGGUGAAUCCGAAGUGACGACUCCGCACAUAUCAACGAAAGAAAGUGCUGAAAUCAAAGGUAGUUCCGAAAACGAAAAUACUCCUCAUACUUCCAAUGAAAUACCACCGAAUGAAAGUUCUGAAAGCAAGAACACCUCUGAAACUGAUGUUACACCGAAUUCAUCUAACGGAGGAAAUCAAAGUCACGAGGGUGGCGAAUCUGAUGUGACGACACCACAUGUACCAACCGGGGGAAGCGACGAAAGUUCCGAAACUGAAAUUACUACUCGACAUAGUUCUAGCGAAGGAAAUCAGAGUAAUGAAAGUGGCGUGUCUGAAGAGACGACCGUAUCUCCUAAAGAGCCAAGUUCAACAAGCCUCCCAAUGUCCACCGAGCUUCCAUCGGGAACAACCGUUCCUACUGAGGUCAAGUGUCCUGUUGGAGAGUUGACCGGGGAUCAAGUAUUUCUCGUUUGUCCUACCGGUUUUCGGCGUCAUCCAAAAUACUGCAAUCUCUUCUACCAAUGUACACCGACGAAUAAUUUGGGCGCUAAGGUUACUGUUUUCAGCUGUCCAGAAGGCCGAGUUUUCAAUGAGAAGAAAGUACAGUGUGUAGUAGAAGCUAACAUUGGUAAAGUUCUUAAUGGGCAUGGCACAUGCACAUAUUUCGACUCCUUAACUACAGAUGUACCAAUAUCAGUCCUGGAAGUUUCCACGAAGAAAUUGUGUCCAGGGGAAGGUCAUUAUCCUUAUGAUAAGGGUUGUUCGAAUUUAUAUUACAAAUGCAGACGUGAUUCACGCGACGUACUCCAAGGUUUCCUUUUGCAAUGUCCAGAUGAUCAUGUAUAUUCAAGCAUUUCAAGAUGCUGCGUACAUGCUAAAUAUUUUCCAAUGUGUCAUCCUUGUAAAAACAAGUGUAAUAAUGGGAAACAACAGCAUUAUCCGAACAACAACAAACAACAUUUAUCAUCUGAAGGGCUAUACAUCAGUCAUCAAGAAUCUUUUUAUGUCGGCCCACCGCCGAAUUGA